AUGGAUGGUCUCGAGGCGGUACGACAGCGCCUUGAGGAGAACCUCGUCCCUCAUCUCAAAGAGACUCCCCUGCUCGCCGCCAUCGUCACAGUCUUGGUUCUUGUCGUAACGACGAGACUCUUCACAGGCGGUUCUUCUUCUCAGAAUGGAUCUAGGACUCCUCCUCUUGCGCCUUACUGGAUCCCUUUCUUUGGCCACGCUCCUCGACUCUUUCUCAACGCAAACUUUACCUUGACGCGCUUCCGAAACCGAUAUGCCCAAGGCAUCUUUUCUAUUCGCCUAUUCCAAAGUAUCCAUUCCUUUGUGUUUCGACCUUCUCUCGCAGCCAAGCUACUUGAAUUGCCCGAGUCGAUCGCAGACAAAGAGUAUGUCGCCAGACGUCUCAUGGUCACCAACUUUCGACUCUCUAAGAAGGAUCUCGAGGCCUACGACAAAGCCGCCAGCGAGGUUCACCAAGUCACCAAGCAGUAUCUCUCCGGCUCGCAUCUGGAUAGUCUUGUAAAGGCCAAUGUUCGAGACCUGGACGAUGUCGCCGCUGAAUUGGUUUCCUUCAACAGCUACCAGACCGAUCAGAUGGACUGGGAGAAGCUAGCAGAGGCAGAUGUCGUGGAGACCGAAACGAAAGAAAGGGUCAUGGAGGCUGACUUUCUCGAGUUGAUGAGGAAUUUUGUCGCUAGGUCAGCCACUGCUUCCGUCUUUGGCACUGAUUUCGUCGAAAACUUUGACGACAUCUGGCCACACCUCUGGGUCUUCAACGACGGCUUCCUGUCUUUGGCCAUGGGCGUUCCUCUUUGGGCACCUCUUCCAACUUCUCAGCGGGCUAGAAUCGCUCUUGGUCGUCUACAUUCCUUCAUGCGAGAGUUCCAUGAGGAUCUGGACAAGUUCUUGAACAAUGAGGAGCCUGGUGCAAGAUGGCAAGAUUUCCACACCAUCAGCCCUCUCGUUCGCAAGCGAACAGAGGUCUUCCGGAAGCAUGGCCUAUCCAUUGACGUUCGAGCCUCGUUCGAUGUAGCUCUGUUCUGGUCCGUGACAGUCCACUCCACUUCUAUGGUCUCGUGGUCUCUCUUUGAGCUCUACCAAGACCCAGUCCUCCUCGAGCAGAUCCGUGACCAAGUCGCCCCCUUCGUCCACGUUGUUCAACCCAAGAACGAAUUCGGAGGUAUUGUCUGGGUUCCCCCCAAGAUUGAGAAGCUCGACAUGGAGGGGCUCAUGACAAAGUGUCCUCUCCUCAAAGCCGCUUACCUCGAGACGCUGAGGCUACACGGCGGCGGCUGGUCCGCGAGGCUUUUGAAGGAGGAUGUAGUCCUGAAGGAUGAGGGAGAGGCGGGCCAUGUGCUCAAAAAGGGCACAUUUGCGCAUGUUGUCCCAGAUCUGCAUCGCACUGAUCCCAAGGCCUUCUCCGACCAGCGCAUUUGGCACGUCGGACGGUAUCUCGAGGAUGAUGUAGACUCCAAGGGAGCCAAGAUACAAAAGGUCAACCCAAAGACGAUACAAGCAUCUGACGGAACUCUUACGAUGUGCGAUGACUCUGACUUUACCAUGAGAAAGGUGUACUUGUACACUUCAGUUCUCAUCUCACUUUACAAUGUCGAGCCGGCAAAGGGCGGUGAUUGGGUCACGCCAACACUCGUCAAGGGGGUGGCUUCAACUCGCCCAUCGCGGUCGAUCAGGCUUUGGAUCAAGCCAAGAGCAUUGCCUAAAGUCAAGUGA